AUGAUUACAUUCACGAAGCACCUCUGCGACGGCAACAACGCCGACCUUGCUAGCACGUUGGCGGGCGCCCUUGAGUACCUUGAUAACGAAUAUGACCUGGGCCACAAGCUCCUUGAGGAUCUUGAAUGGUGGGACGAGAUAGUCACAGAUGGCAGCGAGGGACCUAAGUGGCCUGAUUCGUGGGAGUUGCCAGGACACUUUAUGACUUGGCUUAAGAACAACUUAAGGAGGUGGAGAAUUGAGCUGGACGAGGCCAGUCUUGUAGACAGCAACGAGUACAACAUCAUUAUUAAUAAUAACAACAAUAACAAUAACAACAACAACAUCAACAGCAAGUUUAACAGCAACAUUAACAGCAACAUUAACAAUGGCAACAAUGAUGACAUUAACAACGGCAAUAAUAACAACAACAAGGUAGGACCGCCGCAGGACAAGACCUCAGAACAGCAUCCCGUCAGCUUGCCAGGGGCGUUUCCAACUGAGGGCGCCAACAGCCCGAGAUUGAAUCGUAGGGACCACGGAACAGACAUUGGCAGUCAUACCGUUCCCCCGGCCGCCUCCGAAGGGCCGCGCCACGAGUGGCAAGCGGCUUAG